AGUCAAGUGCCCUAGGCAGUCUUUGGACCGUGGCGAGCCAGAGCUGGAGCCGGCAUCCUGAGCUGAAGCAGAGGCAGCCUGGCCGGAGAUCUGCCAUUGGAGGACUCUGCUCUUCCAGGAGACUUCCAGGAGAGGAGGGAACAUUGUAGACUAGGAGGAGGCCAUGACCCCUGUGCUCCUCCUAGCCACAGUUCCCCAGGAAUGGGUGACAUUCAAGGAUGUGGCUGUGGACUUCACCCCGGAAGAGUGGGGGCACCUCAGUCUCUCUCAGAAGGAGCUCUACAGGGACGUGAUGCUGGAGAACUUUAGGAACCUGGUCUGUCUGGGGCUUGCUGUGUCCAAACCAGAUGUGAUCUCCCAGCUGGAGCGAGGUGAAGUACCUUGGAUGCCAGAGGGAGAAGACCUGAGAUGCAGGUGUGCAGAUUGGGAAACAAGAACUGAAAACAAAGAGGCAUCUCCAGGGUUGGGUAUUCUUAUGGAAGAAUCAUCUCACGAAACACUCAAAAGGGAUUGUCCUUGUGUCCUCAAAGUGGGAGAAGCCUGGCAAUAUGUUGUUGGGUUGGAAAAGAAGCAGAGAAAUGAAGAUAAACAUCUUCAGCAAUUAAAGAUCAACUCGAAAAAUCCUCCUGAUAAAAUAAGAGGCCAGCGAUGUAUUAAAUGCGGCCAACAUUUCUGUCUAAGGCCAGUCCUUUUUCCCCAGAGAGUUUCUGUAGCAAAAAUUCUCCGUCAGUGUAAUGGCUUUUAUUCAGACCUGAGGAAAGGUCAGCAGAUCUGUUCAGACAAGAGAGUUUGUAAGUCUGGUGAAUAUGAGAAAUCCCCCAUUUACAACUCUGACUUUAUUGAGUGUCAUCAGCUAAGCCCUGGAGAGAGAGGUUAUGAGUCCAUUGAAUACAGGAGCUCACCCAUUACUUCCCUUCAGGCAGUGCAGAUGGGAGAGAAUUUGUAUGAAUGUGAUGAAUGUGGGAAAGGCUUUCGUCGGAGCACACAUCUUAUUCGACAUCAAACAAUUCAUACUGGAAAGAAACCAUACAGAUGUAAUGAAUGUGGGAAGAACUUCCGACAGAGUGCACAACUUACCCGACAUCAGAUAAUUCAUACUGGAGAGAAACCUUAUGAAUGUAAUGAAUGUGGCAAGGCCUUCAAACACAGCUCAUCUCUUGCUUCCCAUCAUAGAAUUCAUAGUGGAGAGAAACCUUAUGAGUGUAAUGAAUGUGGCAAGGCCUUCCGUGAGAGCUCACACCUUACACGACAUCAGAGGAUUCAUACUGGAGAAAAACCUUAUGAGUGUAAUGAAUGUGGAAAGGCUUUUAGCCGGAGCACUGAACUUACACGACAUCAGACAGUUCAUACUGGAGAGAAACCUUUUGAAUGUAAUGAAUGUGGGAAAGCAUUCCCUCAGAGGACACAGCUUACUCAACACCAGAGAAUUCAUACUGGGGAGAAACCUUAUGAAUGUAAUGAAUGUGGGAAGGCCUUUUGUCUGAACUUACAGCUUAACCGACAUCAGCGACUUCAUACUGGAGAGAAACAUUAUGAAUGCAGUGAAUGUGGAAAGGCCUUCAACUACAGCUCAUCCCUUUCUUACCACCGCAGGAUUCAUACCAGAGAGAAACCAUAUGAAUGUAGUGACUGUGGGAAGGCCUUCAAUCGUAGCUCAUCCCUUGCUUCUCAUCACAGAAUUCAUACUGGAGAGAAACCUUAUGAAUGUCAUGUAUGUGGGAAGGCCUUCUGCCAGAGCACCCAACUUACUCGACAUCAGAGAGUUCAUAUUGGGGGAAAACCUCAUGAAUGUAAUACAUGUGGAAAGACUUUUAACCAGUGCACACACCAGGUAGUUCAUAUUGGAGAGACACCCUAUAAGUGUACAGAAUGAUGGUAGGUCUUUGGUAAAAGCAACCAUCCAACUUAAUACUGGAAAGAGAAACUUUACAUUUUUUUUGAGGGAGGAAAGCAGGGCAAUUGGGGUUAAGUGACUUGCCCAAGGUGAAAGAGAAACUAUAUAAAUAAGACUAUGUACAAAGCCCUUCAGCCUGAGCACAGAACUUAAUACAUCAUUUCAGAGAAUUUAUGCUAGAGAGUAGGCUUAUGAAACUCAUGUUUCCCCCAUUGAACCACAUAAAAUCCACUACUCCCUCAGGCUAUCUUAGUGGACCCUUGGUUGGACUUCCCACCUGCAAAGAAUAAAUGCUGUACUCUGUAAACUUCUCAGGGAUGUUUAUAUUCACCCAAAUUAGACAUAUAGUGUGGAGGUGAUGUUUUAGGUUGGGGUCAGAAAGCUAUUAUGUGUAUGUAGGCAUAUAAUUACGUUAUUAUUACUAAUUUAUCUCAGCCUGUGUUCACAUGGUGAUCCCCAUAUAUGUUGGAUAAUUAGGAAAAGCAUUUCUCAUCAUUUUUGUUAAAAUCUCAGGUGGGUUACACACCAGUGUCACAGACAGCAUGCUGGAACAUUAUGAUUCCAUUUUCUUUGGGCAAGGGGCAGGAAAAGAGAAGUUUGUAGCCUCCUGUUUCCCUUCUAGGAGUAAGCAUCUCUCCUCAGAACUACCGGAGUUGUCACUGAGGAAGAAUGUUUUGCAGUUUUAGGAAUGCAUAGGCCAGCUGGCCAGCAGGUUAAUGUGAUGAGUCUAAGUCUGAUCAUCAGGGAUGAUCAGGCCAGAUGAGGAAAGACACCCAUUUUGAUCCUUUGUAAACAAUUGACUUGGGGACACACUUUUAAUUUGCUGUAUUAACAUUUUCUCUAUCGCUUUCUUAAGUCUAGACAAUGAACAAAAUAAUAAAUCAGGCCCAGAUUUGAGCCAUUUACAGGUUUCUGAGGUGCAAAUGUUCACACUGAAAGUUUAAUACCAUUCCCAUCCUCAGGCUUUGCAGUACCGAACUGGUAACUAUUGCCCUUCUGAUCCAUCCUUGAGAUUUUAGACAGCUGCUUCCUCCUCUUCGUCCUCUUCCCUGUCUCCUUUUCCCUCCUCUUUGUCCUCCUUCUCCUCCCUCCUGCAUGUAUGUCCAUCUGAGAAUGAUAAACAGAGCUUAUGUUCACAGGGUUUUCUCCCUCUUAGUCUGCCCAUUGGCUUCAUAAUGAGUGUUACUCAGAAAGCAAUGGCUAACGCUGCUUUAAGGUGUGCAGAGUGGUUUCAUAGGCUUCAUUUGAGGUUCACAGCAGCCCAGAGCAGCAGAUUCUACACAUGCCUCCAUUUUAUAGAUGAGCAAACAGGAUUAGACAGGCUAAAUGAUUGGCCCAUGUUCACACAACUAGUAUGUAUUGAAGGUCGGCUUUUGGCCCAGAUCUUGUUGACUUGACUCUAGAACCUCACUGCCUCUCAGAACAGGAGUUUUCCUGCAUUGGACAGUGCAUUGGAAGGAGCCAGCCCUAUCCUGGAAAUUUGCCUUCAAUUAGAGAUAGGGUUUGUUUGUUUUUGUGACAUGAUGUUGUUACUCUGAUGCUGGAAAUGUAGCAAUGCUGACCCUGCCCUGCCUUCUGUACUUCUGCUAAUUGCACCCCAGUUCUUCCUCCUAAGGGGCUUGCUGAGGAUACAAAAACAAGUAAAUAGUCCCUGCCCUCAAGGAACUUCCAUUCUAGCAUGUGAAGACAACACAUAAAGGGAUUGAAUGAUUUUAAUGUAUGGAGAGGAGGUAGCUUCUUCCUCACCUCACCCCUGUAAUCUGUUGCCAAGUCCUAUCAUUUUCCUCCCUCUGUACCUCCCAUUAUGUGACCUCUUCUUUUUACUCACACUGCAACCACCCUAGUUGAAGUCUUCAUUUCUUCUUGCCUGUGCUUAGAAAAGCAGAAAUGAAUAUCAUGCCCUCCCAUAAAUUCAUCACAGGGGGUCCACUCAAUGUGCUGGAAGCCUUCCUCAGUUUCUCUUAACAAGUCAAGGAUACCACUGGCGCACUCAAGCUGUCCAUCUGUCAUCCCUUAUGAUGCGACUAACCACUCUUCCUAUCAUAUGAUUCUUUGAUAUAUUUUCUUCCUGUUUCUUUGAAGUCCUCUUUGGUUACAUGUUACAGGCUACUCACACCCACUCUGCACCUCUUUACUGCCCCUUGUGUGAUAUUCAUUAUUAAUUAUUCAGAGUCUGUGAUCUUGAUGCCAUCUUGUCACCAACACCAGUAGAAUGUUGGUAAUAAUAAGGUGAGUGUUUCUGUGGAAGCUUGGGGUCAUUAAAGAUAUUUCUAAAUUUCUCAGAGUCAACCCAGCCUCCUUCAUCUCUUGGUCCAAAUCAUCUACCAUCCAUAUCCCAGAUAAACAUACCAAAAGAAAGCUCUAUAAGCCUAUACAGGCUAUAAUUUGGAGAACAGACAAUUUUUUUCCACUUGUUCUUUUCAAACUCCUUUGAGUGAGUACGGUUCACUAUCUGGAGGCUCUGCAAAGUUCCCAGGCUUGAUGCAACUAGCAUAAUGUUAGCCACAAACGGGGCAUUUGGAGGACCUCACCAUCUACAGGGACUCCAACUUCAUCUUGGAUACUCUAUGAUGGAUCUUCUCCAUCAUAGUGGUGAACACCUAUGAUGAGCAUAUACUUCCCUGUUUUAUGCCUCUUCUGCCAGCAAAACUCCAAAGUAUGGCUUGUAGCAGAUUAAGAUGUAAUUGUGAAAUGUUUAACAAAAUAAAU